AUGGCUUUGGCUGACCAAACACCUUCAAAGCGCCAAAGGGAAGAAACCCUGGCAGACGACUGCGAGGACCCUAAGCGCCAGAAGUCUUACAACCACAUACUCUCUCUUCUCGAUGAAGAAGAAGAGGAACCCUCACAAGACUUGUCCUCCAUUAUCACAACCCUUCAGCAAGAGCUCUCCUCUGACUCUGCCGCUGAGCCUCUCACUGCAUUUCCAAACUCCGACGCAGACCAAGAAAUUAAUCAGUCCUCAGGUUCCACAGCUGCUACAGCCUUUGAAGGAUAUGCCUCCUCUUCCUCAGGCUCUUCUUCACCUUCUUCUUCGAAUACAAACUCGGGGUUUAUGAAGGAGGGGGAUGAGCAAGAAGAUGACGGCGAGAGGGUCAUGAGACACCUUCUAGAAGCUUCUGAUGAUGAGCUGGGGAUUCCCCAGAGAGAGGAAGUUAGUGGGUUCGAUGAUGCAGAAGAUGCUGGGUUUAACGGGCUGAUGAUGGAUGGGUUUUCUUUUGGGGAUGGGUUAUGGGAGCUUGAAGAUGAAGCUGCCAACUACUACACCCUGGUGCAAUCUGAACUGUUCAUGUAG